AAAAAGAAGAAAAAAACAGGUUUCUUACGUGUUAUAUCUCAAGAUAUUUACAAGUAUCUUUGUCUGCAUUAUUCUCGCUCUCUCUGCCACGUUAUCUUUUCAAGUAAAUUCUCAACUCUCAAGCUUCCAAACUGGAAUCUCCUUCUCUUCGUAUUCAUGUUGGUUGCUGGAAACACACUGAGCCAAGCUUACAUAGUACCAAGGAGCUAUAGGCCUAGUUUCAGAUUGAUAGCAAAGAAUUCUUCAAGUGAUGUAGCUAUUGAGAAAUGGAAACGUGAUGGUGUUUACAUUGACAAACGUGGCAAAUUGAGGACCUUUCACCACAAAAAGCUGUCCAGGAAACGAUGCGGUUCAUUAAGAGGACAAGGAUGGAAAUAUGGUUCUGGUUUUGUGGAUGGAAUUUUCCCAGUGUUGAGCCCCAUUGCUCAGCAGAUUUUGGAUUUUGUACAGGAGGAGGUUGAUGCUAAUAGAGUUUGGGGUUCUCUUGAUAAUCUUUCUCCCACUCAUAAUACUUGGGAUGAUCUUAUUAAUGUAGCUGUUCAACUUCGUAUAAACAAAAAAUGGGAUCCAAUUGUGCUGAUUUGUGAGUGGAUAUUGCACAGGAGCUCCUUUCAGCUGGAUGUCAUGUGCUUCAAUUUGCUCAUAGACGCUUAUGGGAAGAAAUCACAAUGCAAGAAGGUGGAAUCUACAUACUUGGAACUUCUUGAAGCUCAAUGUAUACCCACUGAAGAUACUUAUGCACUUCUUAUCAAGGCCUACUGCUCAGCUGGGCUGAAACAGAAAGCUGAAGCUGUCUUUGCUGAGAUGCGAAAGUAUGGCCUCCCUCCAAGUGCAAUUGUUUACGAUGCUUAUAUUGAUGGGUUGAUAAAGGGAGGAAACCCUCAAAAAGCUAUAGAAGUCUUUCAACGGAUGAAGAGAGAUGGCUGCCAACUGUCUACUGUAACUUACACGCUGAUGAUCAACUUGUAUGGGAAGGCAAGUAAAUCUUAUAUGGCCUUGAAGUUGUUUGAUGAAAUGAGAAGUCAAAAGUGUAAACCAAAUAUCUGCACCUACACUGCUCUGGUGAAUGCUUUUGCUAGGGAGGGACUCUGUGAGAAGGCUGAAGAGAUUUUUGAGCAGCUUCAAGAAGCUGGGCAUGAGCCUGAUGUGUAUGCUUACAAUGCGCUUAUGGAAGCUUACAGUCGUGCGGGUUAUCCUUAUGGGGCAGCAGAAGUAUUUUCACUCAUGCAGCACAUGGGGUGUGAACCAGACAGAGCUUCCUUUAAUAUCAUGGUUGAUGCAUAUGGUAGAGCUGGUCUUUAUCAGGAUGCUGAAGCACUAUUUGAAGAGAUGAAGCGGCUAGGGAUAACCCCAACAAUGAAAUCUCACAUGCUACUUCUAUCUGCCUACUCCAGAGUUGGAAAUGUGGCUAAGUGUGAGGACAUUGUAAAUCAAAUGCACAAAUCUGGGCUUGAACCAGACACCUUUGUCCUCAACAGUAUGCUGAACCUUUAUGGCCGGUUAGGCCAAUUUGAGAUCAUGGAGAACGUUUUAAUUGCAAUGGAAAAGGGACCCUAUGAAGCUGAUAUCAGCACGUACAACAUUUUGAUCAAUGUCUAUGGACGGGCAGGGUUUUUUGAGAGAAUGGAAGAGCUGUUCCAAUUGCUUCCUACCAAGAAUUUGACACCUGAUGUUGUGACGUGGACUUCACGGCUUGGAGCCUACUCUAGAAAGAAACUAUAUACAAGAUGCUUGGAAAUUUUUGAGGAAAUGAUUGAUGCUGGCUGUAAUCCAGAUGGAGGAACCGCCAAGGUACUUCUCUCAGCAUGUUCUAGUCAAGAUCAGAUUGAGCAGGUUACUACAGUGAUUAGAACAAUGCACAAGGAUAUGAAGACUGUUUUGCCAAUCGAAUGAAUACUUGCCCAUAAGUAGAUCAUACCCAAAUGUAAAUCUGUAUUGUCUUCUUGCCUUCCUUUACUACAUGAUAUGACAGGCAUCAAUGUAUUCACAAAAGUAAAUUUCUGUAUAUAUAACAAACUGAAUAUAUAUAGAUUCUCAUGCAAUGUGUAAAUAGCAGAUAUUUCAUUGCUUGCUAUUA